AUGACCGUCAGAAAAUUGAGGGGUAGCAUCGGGGCAAAGCCACCGACCGGCCCUCACCAUGAAAUGGGCUGUUGGCGGGAACACUUGAAUCCUUCGGUCAAGUUUUCUGCAGUCCAGUGCAGCGUAGUAAGCGGCUGCGACCCAAGAUUCCAUAAAGCUACCGGCAAUCAUGAUUUGUGUACCAGUGGUGCUACUGGCAUGGAGAAAAAGAUUGGUCGGAUCCAGCAGAGUACGACUCUAGACGCAGAGAAGUUUUCUCGCAACUUUGUCCCCGUGGGGCCGGUGAUGGAGAUGAACUGGUACGAACUACGAAGUUAG